GGAAGUUGUUGGCUUUCGCCUGCGCAUGCGCACAGCGCUGCCGGGAAACGGCAGUAGCAGGAAGAGAAUUGCGUUUAGUGGUCCGUAUUCAGGUGCUAUGUAGACAACAGCUUCGAAAACAUGAAAUAUCCCAGCAUUACUGUAGAAUGAACGGAGAGAAUUAGCGCUGGCGUUGGUGACUAAAGCGGUCUCUGUCUUAAACUCGGAAAUACGGGAGCGACAGAGCUAACCUGCUGCUAUCAACCCCGGAAGUGUUGUGUAGCCUUGUAGCCAGUUAGCUUUGAGCUUGCUUCACCGGUUCUGCUAAAUGUUCCUCUUUGCUUAUGAUGAGGUGGCACACGUGUCACUUUAGCGUCCCGUCACCCAGCCAGCUGUCUCCUCCGUAUGUUGGGAAAUGAAUAAUAUGAUGAUGUUUGGACGUUGUAGCUAGUGGUCAUGGCUGGCUUUCCAGCUUCUUUCCAGGCCACUUGAUAGGCUGAGAGCAGAGGCGCGUUUCAGUGCUCUGAUGCUUUCCACGAAUCGACACGAAUUUGCCCACUGUCUUUAGUUCAGGAGGCUCCAGACACAAUGAGUUCCAAAUUCAGCUUAAUCAACUAUAACUCCCGAAAGCACAUCUCCAUCUCGAUACCCUCCUCCACGGAGGCGAUGUCCCCGCACAUCAAAUCCAUAGAGGAGCUCCGAGUGCUAGGGGUGAACCUGAGCAGUUUCAGCACUCCCACACAGUUCUUCAUCUGCGUGACUGGGGUGUUUCUCUUUUACCUCAUCUAUGGCUACCUUCAGGAGCUGAUUUUCUCAGUAGAGGGUUUUAAACCCUUCGGCUGGUACCUUACCCUGGUCCAGUUCGGGUUCUAUUCCAUUUUUGGCCUGGUAGAGCUGCAGCUUACUCAGGACAAGAGGAGGAGGAUCCCAGGAAAGACAUACAUGAUCAUAGCAUUUCUAACAGUUGGGACCAUGGGCCUCUCCAACACAUCGCUGGGAUACUUGAACUACCCUACGCAAGUCAUCUUCAAAUGCUGCAAACUCAUUCCAGUUAUGAUUGGAGGAGUUUUCAUACAAGGGAAACGAUACAGUUUUGCAGAUGUGAUGGCUGCUCUGUGCAUGAGUCUUGGCCUCAUCUGGUUUACGCUGGCUGACAGCAAGGUUACCCCGAACUUCAAUGUGACAGGGUUUUUCCUUAUUUCCCUGGCGCUUUGUGCUGAUGCUGCUAUUGGAAAUGUGCAGGAAAAAGCCAUGAAGCUGCACAAUGGAUCAAACUCAGAAAUGGUGUUGUAUUCCUAUUCUAUUGGGUUCGUGUACAUUCUGCUUGGACUUCUGUGUAUGGGAGGGCUGGGACCUGCUGUGGCCUUCUGUGCUCAGCAUCCAGUGAUCACAUAUGGCUAUGCAUUCUUCUUUUCUUUGACGGGUUACUUUGGCAUCUCCUUUGUUCUGGCCUUGAUAAAGCUUUUUGGAGCUCUCGUUGCAGUCACAGUGACCACAGGAAGAAAGGCCAUGACGAUUGUCUUGUCUUUUUUGUUCUUCUCAAAACCUUUCACUUUUCAGUAUGUGUGGGGAGGCCUACUGGUGGUCCUCGGGAUCUUCCUUAAUGUCUACAGCAAAAACAAGGAUAAAAUGAAGCUUCCUCCGCUGGCAGAGUUAUGGAAACGAGUGCUCAGCAGCAGGAAAGGCAGACUGCUCUCUCAGACCGUGUAAAUUAGUGGCCUCUGACCAAACUUUAUAGGCUUCUCCACCCACCGUCACACCGGUGUUAUGGGAACGGUCAGACCCUCACACUUUUAUCAAGGACACAGUGACAUGAAGUCUGGUGAAGUUGGCCAGAUUUUUGCACUGGACUGAAUUCUAAGCUGAUCAGAGAGGACACAAACUGUGCAGCAGCAGAAUCGUUACUAAUCAUGUGCAAACUGGAUUUUGAUGGGAAGGAAUCGUUAUCAUCUGUUUUUCACCUGCAUGUGCCACUAACUGAUGGCAUCUUUUCACACAAAAGUCAGUCAUUUCUAUUCUUUUUUAUCUGUGUUCAUUUUUUUAAUCUGUGAUUGGACAAGGGAAAUGCGAGUAACACUACUGUUUCUUUAAAAGGCUGUUGUUUGGGAGUGUAUGAGUAUGUCAACUGCCAUAUUUGCUAUCCAUUUGUUUGGUGAAAGGGUAGCUCUUUUUACAUUAAAAACAAACAGAGAAGUUUAUUCAAGCAGUUUGAAGCAUUUUCCUAAAUGUGUGUAGCUUGCCAGGCAUCUCUUAUCCGUCGGCUGCAGCUCAGAGAGUUGAAAGGCUGCCAAGCAGCUUCUCAGAUGUUUACCCCUCCGAUAGCCCAGGGCUUGUUUGAUUAGGAGUCCUGGAAUAAGAUAGCACUUAAAAGAAAACCAACAUUGUUCAUAGGGUUUGGCUUUAGACCUAAUUUAGGGGUGUGUGUGUGUGUGUGUGUGUGUGUGUGUGUGUGUGUGUGUGUGUAAAAGAGAGGGACUGUUAGAGAAAUGAUUGUUGUAAGCAGUACCACUCUUUUUUUUUUUUUUAAUCACAGCCAGCAAAUUAUACAAAUCAGCAUUACCAGCUCAACUGAUCAAUUAAAUGUCUCAAAUCACUGCAUUUAAAAGACUUAUUCAAGUUCAUUAAAAAUAAAAAAAAAUAAAAUGUCAGUGCUGUUAACUCAAGGAAGUCCCAGAAAGUUGGGUUAGGGGUCAUGUCUUAUUCCUGAAGAAACAUGAUCUUAUGCAAAAUCAGUGUGAAUUAAAAGGAGCGAGAGUGAUUGCGUUGGAUUUCAUACAUUGAAAAAAGUUCCAAACCAGAUGUUUGUUGCUGUAUAAUGACAACCUACAGAGGGGUAGAGAUAGUAAAUGGACUCAAAAGUGGUCCAGCAGAGAAAAGCAGCUAUUCAUAGUUAUAUUCCAGGUGAAAUGACAAAAAAAAUGUAAAUUCAGUGGAGGCUGUCUGCUUCAUUUCAAAGCUUAUUGUUGUCACCAAUCAAAGUGUCUUAAUUCUGAAAGAGGGAAUGUGUGUUACUGUUAAAAGAAACUGUUUAAAAAGUCAUUGUGUCCUUCACAGUGAGUGUACAAGUGUCUCAGCUCUCAGAGGCUGGUAGGAGUUAAACAGCACGCUGCAGGGGGCAGAUCUUGCUCUUAUCUGCUUGUGUGUGUGUGUGUGUGUGUGUGUGUGUGUGUGUGUGUGUGUGUGUGUGUUGUGUGUUAAUAGCUCUGUCAGUGGUCUAAUGAAAACUGAGGAAAUCAAGGUGGAUGAUAAACACUGGGUAAUUAGGAUUUAAGGAUUUCAUAAUGCUGGCAGGUUUUCCAUAAGGAUAAAAUGUCUAAUUGCUGAAUUUGGAUAUGGAGUUCAGCUGCUGGUUAAAAACUCACUGAUCAGGCAGCUUUCUCUGUCAUCCAUAUCAGUAGCAAACCUCAUUUUUUUAAUGAAAAUAUUUUUAUCAUGUAGGCUUUAUUUGUUUUAUUUCAAACACUUGCAUGUGAAAUCAAUGAAUCGAAAGGGCAGUCGUUCCAGCUUACUGUUUCACACCAUAUUCACAAAAUAUGUUCAACACCACAAAAGACAUAUGAUUCCUCUUCACAGCUUUUAUUGCAUUUAAGCUGCCUGAAAAGCAGCAGCACUGCCAGGCCUCUGUCUCAAAAGUGAAAUGUUCACAGUUGUGAAGGAGGUGUUAUCUAUCUUUCUGAGCGCUUUAUUUCAAAUCAUAAGCCUUUUAAAUGCAACCAAUUUGUCUCAAGGUGCAGAAAUGAAGGCCUUGUUAUUAUCCGCGUAUCUGAAAGGUCCAUUUGGACGGUGCGAGGUCUGAAAACCCCAGCUGACUGCCGCCCAACGCAACCAUUUGUCUUAGUGUCUGGAGAAGAAUGGCAGCAACACGAAUAAUGAAGGUUUAAAUCCAUUCAAAGUGCAGAGAGUUUCAUCUAUCAACCGACACGUUUGCACUUUCCAUCCCAGACACUCAGCAUAUGCCAAACACGUGCUACACAGCUACAAGGACUUUAGGAGGGUGCAGCAUUUGUGUUGGCAUGUAAGAUUAUCCAUUUUCCCAGUGCUAUACUCACAAGGCUUGUUAAUCAUCCUCAUUUGAACCAAGAGUGCUUUAGUAACAGGUAACCAGAAUAGCUCAAACCGUCCUCUAUGAACACUUUUUAAUAUAUUAGCUCUAAAGGUUUAAUAUAUUAGCUCUAAAGGUUUUACAGACAGCACACCAGCACACCAAUGUUACUUUGAAGAUGCAUUUGUCCUUGGUGCAAUGCAACCAAAAUUCAUUUAAUGUCCUCUCUGCCUUCUGUGUAGUUCUCUCUCUUUCUCUCUCUCUCUCACCCACAUACAGUAUAGACAAACACCUCGAGCCUUGGUGAGGCUCUUAUUAAUGCCAGGUGUACCUGGGUUCACUGACCCCCAUGGCCGCUUUUCUGGCCUCCCUUCAUAAAUAAUGGAGGGCAUGUGCAGCUCAUCACUGCAGUAAAUAGGCUCCUGUAGAAGACCAUAUAAAUGCUGCGACCUCUUCAUGAGCUCAGCAGGGCCCACUGGCAUCCCAUCCAUUAACACACGGCCUAGGCUGGUCAUACAGCCAAAGUGGUCAUGCAAAAGGGCUCAAAGAGAAAUUACAUGGUCUAAAGUGGGUCAAAACCUGCAUUCGGGACAACAAAUAAUUUGGGGGAUGCACACUUUCUCCAUCUGAAAUCAAAGAGACAAAAAGGAAAGUCCAGUCUUCUUUGAGGUGGAAUAAGAUACUGUUGGACAUGAGUCAGACAUGAAUCAGAAUAAGUCUUUGUUAUUAUCAGUAGUUCUUAUUAUAUUUCUACUGAGUAAGUAUUUUUAUCUGUAGUUUUUAAUACAUUGAUAGUACAUUUACACAUACGCUCACAAAGCACUUUAUUAGGAACAAUGUACUAAUAGUGGGUAGGGCCUCCCUUUGCUCUCAAAACAGCUGCAACUCUUCAUGUCAUGGAUUCCAAAAGAUGUUGGAAACCUUCCUUUGAGAUUCUGGUCAAUGUUGACCAGAUUGACCUGAUUGCAUCUCGCAGUUCCUUUCAUGCUGUGAAUCUCCCGUUCUACCACAUCCCAAAAGUGUUCUAUUGAGUUCAGACCCAGUGACUGGGAAGGCCACUGAAGAACACUGAACUCAUUGUCAUGUGCAUGAAUCCUGUUUGAGACGACUUUUCCUUUGUGUCAUGGUGCAUUAUCAUGCUGGAAGUAGUCAUUAGAAGAUGGGUAAAUUUUGGCCAUGGAUGGAUGUACAUGGUCAGCAACAAUAUUCAAAUAGUUUGUGGCAUUCAAGCAAUGAUUGAUUGGUAUUAACAGACCAAGAAAACAUUCCCUACACCAUUACACCACCUCCACCAGCCAGGACUGUUGACACAAGGCAGGUUGGGUCCAUGGAUUUAUGCUGUUGGUGCCAAAUUCUGACCCUACCAUCUGUGUGCCUCAGCAGAAAUUGAGAUUCCUCAGGCCAGGCUGCGUUUUUCAAGUCUUCAUCUGUCCAGUUUUGGUGAGCCUGUACCCACUGCGAUCUCGCCUUUCUGUAAUUGGCAGACAGAAGUGGAACCUGACGUGGUCUUCUGCUGUUGUAGCCCAUCUGCCUCAAGCUUGGAAGUGUUGUGCAUUCUGAGAUGCUUUUCUGCUCACCACAAUUGUAGCAGUUAAUUAAUUAAUCAGCAGUUAUAGAAAUACUCAAACCAGCCUGUCUGGCACAAACAAUCAUGCCACAAUCAAAAUCACUUGCGAUCACAUUUUUUCCCCAUUCUGAUUGUUGAUGUGAACAUUACCUGAAGCUGCUGGCCCGUAGCUGCCUGAUUUUAUGCAUUGCACUGCUGCCACAUGAUUGGCUGAUUACACGCAUUCACCAGACAUUUUUAUUACCGUUGACUUAGAAUUGAAAUAGGAUACAGGAGUUGAGUAGUUAAGAGAGAACUAUAAAGCUGUCAUUGGCUUCACUGGUGAGAUUUGUGGUGUUAUUUAAAUUUAAUGCAAGUAUAAAUUGUUUUUUUUUUUUCUUAUAAUCUAAUCGACAUUCUAGAGCUCUCUAUCUCUUGUAAAGCUAAAGGAAGGCCAACACAGAUCAAAUUUUCAUCAGCAACAAAUGAAAGGUGAGCUGAUAACCUCCACAGUGAUGCACAGAUAUAAAAUCAUUUUCUUGGGCAAUGAAGGAGAAUCGGUGUGAUGACAUCUCAAGGAACUAAAACUCAAUUUGUCACAUCUCUUUAGGUGUUUGAUCCAUGACCUGCAUUCUAUUUUCCUGAAAAUAGGAGGAUUGGUCCAUAAUGGCUCUGCUUGUCCAGUGACACUGGAAAAUGUUAUUUCUUAUGUCAAACUUUCCUAGAAAAGGUUCAUGAUUUUAAAUGCAGUGGCCCUAAGAGCAGUUUAGUGAACAAUUUGACCUUUAGUAGUAAAUACAUAACAAAUGGGACAUAACAAAUGUCCCAUAAAUCUUUGAGUCCUACUCUCUAUUUUGAUAAUCUGAUGAUUGCACAUUUUUAAGUUCUAGAAAACCAACAUCAAUUAUGUGAUAAGUGAAAUCAGGUGAGUAAGAGCAGGAAAAGUGUAAAACCACUGGUUCAGUCAAUACGGCAUGCCUCGUUUGUCCUUCUUUCAUUCUUUUAUUUAAGAUGCAUAUAUGUAUAUAUAUAACUUGAGUGAAAAAUAAAAUCUUUGAAAUAUUUACAUGAA